AUUAUAUCGUACACGAUAACUUGAAAGAUAAGAAUUUUAAAUAUAAGGCAAAUGGCAAUGCUAUGUAGGAAAAGUAUAUUAAACUGAAGGAUUAUAAUUAACUAUGUUUCCAACAUAUGUUCAUAUAUUUUUUGUACUGUUAUACAAUGGAUUUGCAUAUGGGAUUGUUUGCCAAGAUGGUUGGGUAACGUUCCAAGAUUCAUGCUAUCUGUUUGCAAGAAACCACAAGUCAUCUUUUACCGAGGCAGAGAACUAUUGUAGACAGCAUGGGGGACACCUUGUAGAAAUUGAGACGAAAUAUGAAAGUAUGUUCAUCAGGGACUAUCUUCGUGGGAUGAUAGCGGAGUAUCAUUGGAUUGGAUUGACUGAUGAGAUGGUUGAAGGAGUUUGGAAAUGGUAUACUUCAAAACAUACACCUUCAUUCACAGACUGGCAUGUGAGUGAACCAAAUUCACACGGUGGUGAGGAAGACUGUGCUAUUUCAUCGUCAGGAGAAGAUUACCAAUGGGCUGAUGUACCUUGUGAUGGAAGAGUCGCUGAACCUUUAUGUGAAGUCAAGUCAAGUGAAGUAGAUGUUGGUGUGAUUGGAUAGAUGGACGAUUUUAAUACACGGACUUACACGGAUGUAAUUACGAAUGAAAACUAAUAUAGAAUUUUCAAAACACAAA